UAAUUAUGGAAAACCCUUGUUUUUAUUUGGCAGGCUUCAUCGAAUUCCGUGACUGCACGUUUCAAUUACUUCUACCCGCUUGAUCGUCUACGGAUCAUGGGGUGUUGUAAGGCAGAGGCGGUGGCGCUCGUGUUCGCCGCAAUCGAAAACUUCUUCCACUCCGCGAUCAUCUUCGGAUGGCCGUCUCUCGUCUACGUGCUCAAGGACCUCGGUUAUUACAGCGAUUUAUGCCCACCACCCAACGACAACGCCACGACCACCGUGUCAACAUCGCCCUUGGUGACAUCGUCCCCCUCAUCGAUCACGACUGAAGGUGAUGAUUCGGUGGAGGAAGCCGUGGUCGAAUGCGAUGCUCAGGAUGCCAGACUGUUGCUUAUUUACACCAUUUCAUCGAGUAUGUUACCAUGCAGUAUGCUCUUGUCGGGGAUCCUCUUCACGAGAGGAGGUACCCUCAUCACCCGCCUCAUAUUCAGUGUAUCCCUAUUCAUAGCUUACCUGUGUAUGGCGCUCAGCUCCCCGUCUGUUCCCGAUCUCCUCUUCCCGGGAACAAUUAUUAUGGCGGUUACAGGGAUCUUCAUCUGCAUUUGUGGAUUUGAGGUAUCCAAUUUAUUUCCGAAGUAUAAGUCAACAUCGCUAGGACUCAUCGUCGGGGCCUGCGAUUCCAGCGCAUGCGUUUUACUGUUAAUCAAGGUCUUGUACGAUGCUGGAAUAUCGAUGAGCGCGUCUUUCUACGCCCUGGCCGUCUCGACCCUCUUCUUCACAAUAAACACCGUCCUCCUUCCUCGCGACCAUAUACCAUGGCCCCUACCUGAAGGCUAUCGACUCCGAGAUAAUGGAAUAUGCUCAAAGAACAAAUAUGAACCCCCGGAGCCGCCCCUCCCAAUUCCAGACAAUCCGAUAAAUGGAUCGACAAUAGAAAUAAAGGAAAACAACAAUAAAUACGUGACUGUUAAUGACGCAUUUGAUGGUGUAAUGUCGUCAGGAUUUUAUUCAAAUUUAAAUGAGAAUGGUAUAAUGAAUAAACACAUUUGUUCGGAUGAUGGGUCAAUUGAAAAGAGGGCGGCAUCCCCAGUUGCAGAACCUGAGACUGGAGAGAAGGAGGGAUCGAUCUUAGCGAAGGAUGUUAAAGAUAAUGAGAAGGAGAAUGGCAGUGUUAUGUGCCAUGAUAACGCAGGAUACGUACAUGAGCAUGAGCAAGCACAAGAUGGGAACUUUGACGAUAUUCGCGAAACCGAUCACAAAAGUGCUGUUCAGGAGCUCGAUAACAAGGCCGACGUCCGCGUCGACGUCGAUCUUUCCAAGGCGGCUCGUCGGGCGACCAGGGAUAAGCUGACCGAAGACCAGCGAGUCGAAGAUUUCCCGACCACGUGGUCAGUCCUGAGGUCGCCCAUGUUUCUCCUGAUGACCUUCUGGACGAUCGCGGUUCAAGGGGAGAUCUUCUUUGUGAUCGGGAUCAUGAACCCGUGGUUGACGUUUCUAGCCGAUGGUGAUACUGAAACAGUAAGUUUUUAUACCAACAUCUUAGCUGUGGCAACUAUAGGAAGUCUGUUCGGGUCGCCUAUUAUGGGUUAUGUCUUCGACCGACGAAAACAACGUUCUGAAAAGUCUCCGAAGAAAGAUGACACAAAAGGACCAUAUGCGGACUUGCGAGAUAGCUGGCUACCACUGGCCGUGGCUUCGGGUACAGCCAUAGUUAUGUCUUUGUUACUGAUGAUCCCUAACCUCCCCGUACAGUUCGGUACCUUCGUCGCACUGACGGCUGUCAGAGCCAUGUUUUAUUCUGCAUCUGCAGCCAUAGUACCAAUAAGUUUUCCCAUGCGAUUUUAUCCGACUGUGUUCGGAGCUACAAACUUCAUCGCUGGUCUAGUCUCCCUUACACAGUAUCCUCUCUUCAUCGUCAUCCAGGAAUCAUUAGGCGGUGAUCCCCGAUGGGUGAUCUUUGGGAUGAUGCUUCUCAACGUGGUUGGUCUGGUGUACCCUAUAUACAUCUAUGUCUACGGGAAUAACCGCGAGAAGCGAUACAUGGAAACAAGAAGACAAGAAAAUCCAACUACAAACGGCACUGCUGCUUAACCCUCUCCCCGUUUUAUUCGACUAAGACCCCGGUUGCACCAACGAGACCGACACCACACUGACAACCUACAAAAGGUGUCGUAGAAUAGUGGUUCAUUGACUUGACCCUCUAUCCAAGGGUUUAGGGUUCGACUCCCAGCAAGGAACAAACACCCUUUGGCAAGUUAACUUUAUCGCCCUGGUAAAACCUUUGUAUGUCUUUCCUUGCGUUCAGGCUACCGAAACUCAUCGUACGUCGGUUAACGAAACUGGCUCAUCUCUUCUUACAACAGCUUCUCAAUGAGUAUCAUCCAAUAUUGGUUCCUUAAAUUGUGUAAUUAUGUGAAAGAGGAUGUCAUUUUAGAAGAGAUACUUCUUGUUAGAUCCGCCACUGGUUAAAUUGUAAACUGCUGCUAAAGUGUGAUCUGCUGCUGAAGUGUAAACUGCUGCUAAAGUGUAAUCUGCUACUAAGUUGUAACCUCAUGUUAAAAUGUAGCCUGCUGCUGAAGUGUAAGCUGCUGCUAAACAGUGACCUGCUGCUAAAGCGUAACCCGCUGCUAACGUUUUAAUAUACAGAUAUAUAUCUUUUUGUUUUCCCUCUCUCUGGUGAUCCCCUUCUAACAAGCCCUUGAGGCCUUUUUCGGAACACCCUUUUCUUUCAUUUCUUUGUAUUUAUUUGUAUUGCUAGCUCAUAUGUAUGUAUUACUCUGUUAUCAAAUAUAUUGAUGUAAACAUGAAAUUAUGCAUGACAUAGGACUGUUAACUUUUUUCUUUUUUUAAUUGUACACAUUUGAAGAAAUACAUGAGAGACAUAAGCUCUCUCAAUCAAUCAAUCAAAGUGUAACCCGAUGUUAAAGUGUAGUCCUGCUGCUAAAGCGUUACCUGCUGUAAACAUUACUACUCUAUCUUUUCACGAUAUAUAUAUAUAUAUAAUACAUGUACCUCUGUUUGUCCUUGGUUAGACCUACACAAAUGGGAGGUUUUCUGAUAGUGAAAUUAAUCACCUUUACAUGAAAUGUACUAAGACUAUAAUUGUGAUGAGUAACUGUGAUGCAUAGAUUGCUGGACACCAGUCAGUUACUCAUCACGCCUCCGCGGUCGCCGAUUACACGUACGAUACGACCGCGAUGCCUGUUCGCUGAAGUGAACUUCUUUUUCAAAAACUUAGGCGUCGGGUUACACUUUAGCGGACUUUUUACUUUAGCAGCUUAACAAACGUCGUGUAACGAUAAAGAAUCAGCUUCCCGUUCUAGUCUGAACGUCGUAUCGUACGAAAAUCGUAAAACUUGGCGGGGCUUAUCGUAACCGCGCGCUCAUCAUUAGCCUGCUGUCAUGUCAACUGACCUCUUAAAAACCAGUUUCUUUAUACGCAUGUUGUUAUCU